AGCCAUUUCACAAAGCAGAUCAUAUCAAAAGUCAGGUUAUAAAAAUUACAAAGCAAUAGCAAGUUUGAAGGCUUUAAACAGUGGGAAAAAAUAUAAAAAUGAGUAAUCAUUAGCACUGUAUGUAACGAUUGGAAAAAGACAGUUAUGAAGACUCAUCUGUCUUCAUUUAUCCAUUCAAGAUGGAUAUGCUUUGUAGCUAUAUAUAUAUAUAAUCUCUUUAGGAUCUUCCAAAUCUCAUGGAUAGGAAAGAUAGAUCUCUAAAGAGUCUAUGAUAUGCCUUUAGGAAACUGAGGAUGAGGCCGGAGUAGUAAAUAAUUCCUACUUAGAAGGAGGAUAUAGGGUCUCAUCUCUGAGAACAUGGGAGUUAGUUAUGUAAAUAAGUUCAGAUGAUUUUCAACAUUGCGUAUGGUAAGGAAUAAUUUUUUAAAAAGACCUUCUUACAGGUACUAGAGGCAAAUGAAUGAGAAAUAAAUACAUGCUAUGGGAUUUUCCAUUAUUUCACAGGAUGGAAAGUUUGAUCUCUGUAGCCUGAUUUGUUCUUUGGCCCUGAACUUGUUCAAGUUGAAUUGUGAGUCCUGAACACUGAUCUAGUUGUUCUCAAACUAGGAUCAGCCAACCGUAGUGGUAUGUUGAUGUAUUCUUGGGAGUUGAGAGUUCUUUAUUAUAAUCUUUUAAUAUUAUGGCUAAAACAUGCAAAAUAUGUAUCUGUAAAUAUAUAAUGUAAGCAUGGAUUUGUUUAUCUCAUCAACCACCUUAUUCCUAAAUACUGGACUACCAUUUGUUUUAUUUUUAUAAUCACAUUGAUACCAAGUGAUCAUCUAAAUGACAUUAUUUAAUUUUUAAUGAUUGUUCAUAAAUUCAAUGCUUAAGAGUUAUUUACAGAAAAAACAACUAGCAUUUGUCCUCAAUUAUUAAUAUAAUUAUUUUUAUGUGUGCUUGACUGUUGUGAUAAAGGGAAAAACAGUUAAAAGAGGACCCUGGACAAAUUAUUAAGAGGACUAAUUUCUGAUAUUAGCUUUAGUACCUCCAAACUAUGAGAUUUGGGGAAAGUCACUCAAGAGCCCUAGACUUCAAUUACCUUGUAUUUAAAAUAACAGAGUUCAGCUGGAACUAGUUAAUCUGUAAACAAAUAGUUUCCAUUUCAAAAAUUGUGAAGUGAUGCCUUUUUAAAUGGAAAAAGCAUUAGGGAGAAGAAAACUGAUUCAGUUACAGGGUCUUUGGGGGAAAAUUUCUAGCACCACCCUCUCUCCUAAUAACAGUAAAACAUGGUAGGAUAUAAGAACCAAAUAUUUAUUGAGUAUUUUCUCUGUGCCUAUCACGACUCUAUUUUAACUCCUGUAAAUGUGACUGUGACUCCGUGAGCUAGAUUAUAUAAUUCCUGUUAGCAGUUGUAAUUGAUAGGCACAGAAAGCCUAAGGAUGGAGUUUGGAAUGUAAUCUGGUCUGACUCUAAGCCCUGGAUCCAUUGUAAUACAUUAUAACUGCAAGCUUUGCAAAAUGCCUUUUUCCUUUUCUCAUCUAUUUUCACACUCAAACUAAAAUUUAGUAAACUAAAUUCUGAGCAGCACCAAGAAUUUUAGUAAAGGUCCUCUCAUCCUUUAAGAACUUCUUAUACGAGGAUACUCCUCUUCGCCCGCUUUCCCAUACAGAACUCUAUUAAAGGUCAAUAAGAAUGGGCUGUUGUUUUUUUCCCUCAAAUCCUAUACAGAAGUCCUUAAUUCCAGGAUAAGCAUCUGAAUGGAGCAAAUUAGUAUGGUCUGGGAGUCAAGGCAAUUUUCACGUGUGUGUAUGUGAGUGUCUGUGUGUGUCUGUUUUAAGGCAUAACAAAGUCCAGAGAUUAAGGCCGAGUUAAAAAACAAAUGAGGACAAACCAUUCUGCUGAGGUGCGGCCAGAGCAGCAGCAACUGUCUGCUUUCUUGAUAAAGGCUGUGAAGACGGCACGUUUUACUCUUAUUCGUGUAUUUCUUUUGACACGUUCCCCCUCUAUGAAGCCUCAGAGGUGUUUUAAAAUUGUGUUAGGAAACACAGAGCUAAGAAAAGGCAAAUGAUCCUGUUCUAGUGUCUCAGGGACGAGGCUGGAAAGGAAACGCCGCGCGAGUGGGGUGGGAGCGGGGGCCUGUGGUUUUGCUUCUGUCCGGGCUAAAGGCUGAGUAAGGUAGGGCCCCUCCUUCUGCAGAUGGGUUUCUCCCUCAUUCCACCCUCUACCCACCUCCGGUUCUGCGUGCACGCGCGGGAUAGCCCAGUGGGCCCACAGAUAACGACCAUCGGAGAUUAAUGCAGGAAAGUCAGCGAGCUCGAACACAGGCGUCCCGUGUGGAAGUGUCCAAGGAGACCGCCAGAAGUGCGCAAGCCGGAGUCUGUGAGACUUUCCUUCUCACCGAGAGGGGGAGCCCCGCGUUCCCGGCCGGGAGCGACCCGGAGUCCCGGGCCCCGCGUCCCAGCUGCCGCCAGACCCAGUUUUGGAUUCAGCGGAUUAGGAAGAGGAGGGAGGGGGGAGAGCGCGCGAAGAGGGAGGGGACCGAAGCUGGAGGGUCCCGAGUCCAGCGCCGUGUUGACGUAGAGAAACUUUCCCUCUCGGCCUCGGAGACGGCGCCCCGGCUGUGCUGGAGCGGAGAUCGCCAGGCUCGGAGGACCCGGCAGCUCUUCACGCCCCUGCCCGAAGCCUGACCUGACUGCAUCUCUCAGUGAGGUACGGAGAUUUAUCUGGGCUCUUCCCUGGCUGCGAGCCCGGCUCCCUCCAGGUAGCGUGGAAUCGCUUAGAAACUGAUACCCUGAGGGGCAGCGGGGGUGGACAGCUCCGGCCACCAGUGCCCGGGAAGGAGGGCGCGGGGCUGCGCGUAGCCGCUGCCCGGCAGGUUGUGAAAAAUUAGGACAGCUAACGGCUCAGGGAGUCGUCCAGCACGAAAGGAGGCUAAGACCUGUUGACGCCUGCUAUGGCAGCGCUUGAGGAAUGACGGGGGGAGUCCAGCGAGUUCGGGGCCGCAGCGGUCUCCGGGCUCCAGAAGCCUCCUUAGCCUUUUGUGGUAACUUUGGUCCUGUGGCGGGGGGCCAGUGGGCAGGAGCUGCAGGGAGGCGGUGGGGCAACCGUGGAUCAGUCCGGCUGAGGGUGCGUGGAUCAGACUGGGCUGAGCAGGCAAGUCAUCGUCGGGUCACAGCCGGGCGACCCAAGAGCGAACUUCCAGGGCAGCCUCCCUUUUGUUGGUGCAGGGAGAGAAUGUGGGCAUGGGGGCGGGGAGGCGCGAAGCUCUAAGGCCGGGCCGCGGAUACUUUAAAGCCCAGAGCUGGGAGGGCCCAAAAGGAAGGGGCGGCGUCCACAUGGUUACCCUUUUGCCGCGCGGGUCAAGUAGCUGCUUCUGGAGGGCGCAAGGCUUGGCGGGGGUGAUGAACCCUUGGGUUCUCGCUCCGACUGCUAAAUUCGCUUGGCGGGUCCAGCUUCUCGUGGCCUCACUCACUACACGGAUCAGAAUCGGGAGCAGUCAGUUCUUUCUAUUCUGCAGCUCCAGCGGCUGCCGCGCUGACUUCCCUGUGUGCGGGAGGGAACUCUGGGCAGGCUGGUUUUCUUGGAAUGUGUUUACGAUGUUGAAUGGGACUUGAACAGGAAGCUGGACGCUGCAGCUGGAACUAGCGUGCCAAGUUAUUUAUGAUUCCAUCUGAUAUACAUAGGAGAGAAAGUGAUAAAAGAAUUCUGAUGGCAACUGUAUGAUAGAAGCUAUAUAAAGUCAAGUGUCCGUUUUCUUUCAACUAUAUUUGAGCAUACUCAGUAGAGACGGGAUUUCACCAUGUUAGCCAGGAUGGUCUCGAUCUCCCGACCUCGUGAUCCACCUGCCUUGGCCUCCCAAAGUGCUGGGAUUACAGGAUAUAAGGCGUGGAACUGAACAUUUAUUUGGCUGAUCCUCAUCAUGAACCGUGCUUUUAGCAGGAAGAAAGACAAAACAUGGAUGCAUACACCUGAAGCUUUAUCUAAACAUUUCAUUCCCUAUAAUGCAAAGUUUCUUGGCAGUACAGAAGUGGAACAGCCAAAAGGAACAGAAGUUGUGAGAGAUGCUGUAAGGAAACUAAAGUUUGCAAGACAUAUCAAGAAAUCUGAAGGCCAGAAAAUUCCUAAAGUGGAGUUGCAAAUAUCAAUUUAUGGAGUAAAAAUUCUAGAACCCAAAACAAAGGAAGUUCAACACAAUUGCCAGCUUCAUAGAAUAUCUUUUUGUGCAGAUGAUAAAACUGACAAGAGAAUAUUCACUUUCAUAUGCAAAGAUUCUGAGUCAAAUAAACAUUUGUGCUAUGUAUUUGACAGCGAAAAGUGUGCUGAAGAGAUCACUUUAACAAUUGGCCAAGCAUUUGACCUGGCAUACAGGAAAUUUCUAGAAUCAGGAGGAAAAGAUGUUGAAACAAGAAAACAGAUCGCAGGGUUACAAAAAAGAAGCAGCAGAAGCAGCAGAUGCUGGAUCCAAGACUUAGAAACAGAAAAUAUGGAACUUAAAAAUAAAGUACAAGAUUUGGAAAACCAACUAAGAAUAACUCAAGUAUCAACAUCUCCACUGCUGCACAAUAUGUCUGAUCAUGAGCAACACAGAUUUCAGAGAUGCUCAUCCUCUUUCUGGCAUAGUAGUGGUGAUUCAUCUCCCUGUCUCAAUAUUUCUUCCAUGUCUGUCACUCCUGUCAACUCGCCUGAUUCCAGACUAUCACUGGGACUGUUAAUACCACCACCUUCUAAAUGUGGCUUUCCCAAGCCAGUCAGUGAGAGCAGCAUACCAAGACCGCAUGCAGGCAGUAUGACACCUAAGUCGCCCUCCACUGACAUCUUUGAUAUGAUUCCAUUUUCUCCAAUAUCGCACCAGUCUUCAAUGCCUACUCGCAAUGGCACACAGCCACCUCCAGUACCUAGUAGAUCUACUGAGAUUAAACGGGACCUGUUUGGAGCAGAACCUUUUGACCCAUUUAACUGUGGAGCAGCAGAUUUCCCUCCAGAUAUUCAAUCAAAAUUAGAUGAGAUGCAGCGCCAGAGAUGGAGGGGUUCAAAAUGGGACUAACUCUUGAAGGCACAGUAUUUUGUCUCGACCCAUUAGACAGUAGGUGCUGACAUCAAGAACAAGAAAUCCUGAUUCAAGUUAAAUGUGUUUCUAUACACAUGUCAUUUAUUAUUACUUUAAGAUAGGUAUUAUUCAUGUGCCAAUAUGUUUUUGAAUAUUUUAAUAUUUUGAAAAUCUUUUCAGUUAAAUUUCCUCACCUUCACUAUUGAUCUAUAAUUUUUAUUUUAUAAACAACUUACUAUAAAGUAGAUCAUACUUUUAUGUUCCUUUCUGUUUCUACUGUAUAUGAAUUUGUAAUUGAAAGACAUAUUAUACAAAUACCUGCCUUGUGUCUGAGUUCUAUGUAGUUAGCAUCUUGAAACUUGUAUUCAUUUUCCAGAUUGCUGGUUUAUUAAUGAUUUCCCAAAAGCCAUACCUUAAAGAUAACUUUAAAUUCUGAAGAGAUAUGCCAAUGCCAAACUAAACAUGGUCUGUUUUCAAACCAACAAACAUGUUACUAUUCAUUAGACAGAUGUCAUUUUAUGUAUAAAUACUGUUCACAUCACUGGGAAAAUGUAAACUUUAAACAUAAUGCCACAAGAUCACUAAUUUCUAGCAGGUAAAAUUAUAAGGAUAUAAAUUCCAAUAAUAAACCAAAUGUAUUUAGAGUAUUUAUUAGUAAAUGCAAGGCGAUGUUAGUUAUGAUCAGUUAUACUCUAAAUAUUUAAUUUGUUUUAUAAAGAUAAUUAAAAAAUGAAAAUUUGCUAUUUAUUAAAAAAAACUUUAAAUUUCAUUCCAAAUGAGAUAAGUUAUAUCACUAUAACAUCUAAGCAUCAUCUGAUUUGAUAUUCCCUAAAAAACAUUUGGAAUAUAUGCUAUCUAUAGAUUCAGUGUCUAUUACCCAUAUUUACAUUACCAAAUAUAUUUCUUCUCACUACAUAAGGACUACUCUUCUCAUAUUUUCUUCUUUGAUGAAGGUAUUUUUCACCAAAGUUUAUUUUGUGAUGCCCCAUUGGUUUUGAUACUUUAAAAUCGGUGACGCCCAUUCUAUAUGAAUUAUCAAUAUUACUUGGUAAAUUCAAUUUGUAUUUGUUUUGUUAAAGUCAAAAAUCUCAUUUAAAAAAACACCUCGUUACUGCUUGGUUUAGUCUUGAACAUGAACAAUAAAAUUCUCCUGCAUUUCACUCUUGAUGUGCUGAUGAACCUAGACUUUUAAAAGUAUUUGUUUCCUAUACCUUUACCCAUUACAUAACAGACUAAUUUGUACUCAGUAAAGCAAACAUUUAUGGUCAAAAUUUCUAACUUGGUUCAUCACAUUAUAAGGUAAAUAAAUUAAAUUAAUGAAAAUGUGACUUAAAUUAGGGUAACCCUCAAAAAUAGAUGUAUCAUUUACUAUGGAAAUUUUCUUCAAGUGUUAAAGGUACAUUUUCACUAGGAAAAGAAAUCAAAUAUGCUUAUGCAAUAUAUAUUUGUCUGUUUUUCCUUAAUGUUAUAUGGUAUAUAUGAGCCUUCUUGUUUAGUUUCUUUUAUCUGCUAAGUUGUACCUUAAUUAGAGGGCAAUAUAUGUUUCAUAAAGAAGAGUCUUUAUAAUUUUGUUUGUCAGAUAGUAUUUUGUAAUUUGUAUAAUGAGGAUGUUUAGAAGCCAUAUAAGUGGCUUUUUUUAACAGAUAGAAUUUGUAUUUUUAUUGUACUUUAAAAAGAUUUAUGUAAUAGGAAUAUAUUUAGUGGCCAUUUAUUAUCAAUGGUAACACAAUAGAGUACUGAGAUGGUAUUUGCACAUUUAAGAUCUGUUACUUUACCAAUUUUUAAUGGUAAUCAGCUCUGCUACUGGCAUGAUGAAAUAGUACAUAAUUGGUCAUUAAUUAUGAACAUUUAUUUCUCCAGUGCGUUUUUAUGAAGAUCUGGUUGAAAAUUGUAUUUCUAUGUAAACUCAAUGAUAUGUUUGAUUUUCCUGAAAAUAAAUGAUUUUAAAUAAA